AAGAAUCUGAUUCUGCUGACAGACCACAGACAGUUCAGAAAGGUUUCCUGCUCUGGAUUUGAAGAAACUGCUAAUUUACAAACCAAACAGAAUCAUUUUCAGCAGUCUCUUGAUCCAUCAGGUCUGCAGCAAUGCAUCACUUCAUGAUGUUUUCACUGCUAGUCAUUACUGGGCUGCAGGUGAGUGUCGAGUCCGCAGGAAUACGUUCUGAGAGAAGCAUCGACAGAUAUUACAGAUCGGAGCUGACCGUGCCGAAUGGAGGGGGCUGGGGGUCGUGGGGUCACAGGGAAAUGUGUCCAGCUGGAACGUACGCUGCAGGAUUCAGUCUAAGGGUGGAAGAUCCUAUUCAAGGGGAUGACACUGCACUCAAUGGGAUUCGUCUUCACUGCGUUGCGUCUAAAGGCUCAUCAGACUCGUAUCGUGACUACUCCUCAGUUCAGUCAGAUGUAGGCAGCUGGGGUCGGUGGACAGAUAUCAAAUGGUGUCCUUCUGGAUUCUUGACCGCUUUUCAGCUGAGAGUUGAACGCUCUCAAGGAGAUGGCGACGAUACGGCCGCAAACAACAUCCUGUUCAGAUGCAGUCAAGGGACUUUACAGGGUGACGGCACAAACUGGGGCGACUGGGGCACCUGGAGUCAAACAUGUGAAGGAAAAGGGAUUUGUGGUCUCAAGACACGGAUAGAAGUGCCUCAAGGACGAGGAGAUGACACCGCUCUCAAUGACGUGAUCAUGUACUGCUGUGAUUAAGGUGAUGUGAAAACAAACAAACACUCGGAUCACAGAAUAACACUGUUUUUGAAGAUCUCAGUGAUGUUAGUGCUGGCUUAUCUGAGUUUGGCUUUUCUUUCAGGUGUUAGAGGAUGACGACAAGAAAAA